GGAAACAUCAAGCUAGACGGCUUAGAUGGAGCACCCAAGGGAACAGGCUAAAAGCACUUUUUUCAUGCAUUAUCCUGGAUCUGGGAAAUGGCAUUGGGAUGGUUGGGCUCGUGCUUUGUUUUACCUUUUUGCGCUGGCGAACCGGUGGUUGUAGUUUAGUGUACGAUGAGGAGCGGUGGUUGUGUCCGGUUGUUGUGUUUACAGUCUUUUUCUUUUUCUUUUUUUUUGUUUCCCCUUUCGUUUAUCUGGCACGAUGAUAUCCGCGUCUUCUGGACGCUUGGCGAAUUCAGGGCAUGGGAGGCAAGCACAUGGAACGUCCUUUAUGAACAUAAUGGAUCUGGAGGAGCAUAUAUCUUUACAACUGCAACCAGGAGCAGGGCGCAAAGGCAGCGCAUACGAACAAACACAACAGAGAAACCUUGGCUUGGGAUUAUCCGACAACGGCUUUCACUCGCGGACGACCAAACCGACGAAGUCGAAUGGCUUGCCAGGUUCCUGAACACCCUCGCUAUGCUUAAGAAGCCAUACUUGGCAACCCACACGAAUAAGAUUUGGGAUCUUGAAUUUCACACAUUCCUUGGAACCGCUCUCGAACCUCCUCCGUCCGUCCCUUCGUUAAACACACGCACGCACCGAGAACAUCGAAACCUUCGUAUCAUCGGUCGAUCGUCGAGUUUUAGUUUACAAGCAAACAAAAUGGAGCUAUACAGACAAGCACACACACCCGGUUGCUUAACCAGCCGGAUGGGUCUAGUUGCAAACUUAUCAAAAUCGAACACCUUAAUAAACACAAAUGUGUUCUGACAUGCUUUUUUGCACAGAUUCAAAGAUUUUGCACACCGUGCCCGCUCGUUCUGCCUCCUUUUACGUGCCUGCGCCAACCGUUCGCAACCAGAGAGAAAGGAAAUAGGCCUACCGAGCC